AGAGCCAGUCUGCCAGAAAACCAUGCAAAAUCGAAAAUUUUGUCCAAAUGGCAGGUCGGAACUUUGAUUUUUUUUUAUAUUUUUGAAAUCUUAUACAUAAAGGAAAAGGGAAAAAAUAUACUAGACUUUGUUGCAUCAUGUCUAUUUUUAGAAACAGCUUCAUUUGCAUAAUGCCUAAAAAAUCACUUAAAAAUAGGUGAAAAUGUGUAUAGUUUGAACUCAGUAAAUUGUGGUUUUUGACAGUUCUACUGACCAUUUAAACUUAUAUUUGACAAAUAUGACCUUAAUAGACAAAAAUAAACCAUGUCUUGAAAGAUUUGUCUCUAACGAUCAUUCAGUAGGGGGUUAGUGUAGAAGUCCGUGUUGGCCAUAAUGAGAUUUGAAGGAAGUUUGAGUCCAUCAAUCUUCUAAAGUGGGAUUUUUUUUUUCACGAAAUUAAUUUCAAUGAAUAGACAAAUUGAUAUUGUCAAAAAUAUCAAAAAUCCAAUUUUGGCAAAUAAUUGCAAGAUAUUGAAUUUUACGUCUAAUUUCCCUUUAUUUUGAUAAAUUUCUGUUUUUUUUUUAAAUUCUAAUUAAAACCCAGUAACCCUCAACUAUUAAUUUACCAAAGACCUGAAUCAUAUAAAAUUGUUGUAUGAUGAACUUUACAUACAUUUUGUCAUUUGUUUUAUGUAUAAUUGCCAAUAAAUCCUUUACAUAGGGGAAAACAGUCACAGAUGUUGUUUGAGUUAACUCCCCUUAUUUACACUCUCCGUAUUGAAAACAGAAAGUUAUCACAACUUGUCUGUCAUGGAGAAUGAGAAUGUGAAAUGUGACUUCUCACAUUUUACUGGUAUUUCUUGUGGAAAAUCUCCAAAUUAUCACGACAACACACUAACAAUACCUAUUUCACAAUGUAAUAAGAACACACAAAUACAUUUGAGUGGAUUGCAGAGUCUGGAAAGAAGUCAAAUCGAACCAAACUCUAUCUUCAACAAGGGCAAAGGUCUUGACUUUUACAAUUAUCCAGAGGCUUUAAUAAUUUUAUAUCGUACCGGAUAUUUUAAUAUUGAUGCAAGAUUGCUCAAUUUAAACAUAUGUCAGCAACACAGAGACUACUUUGGAAUUUAUUGGAGAAGGAGUAAGCUGAAAUGUUGCUACCCAGAACAUCCAGCAUCCAGCAAGGCAAAAGUAGACAGAGGUGCCUCACCAAGAGUUUGCAAGGAAUAUUGGUUGAAGACAAGAGAGGUCAUCAACAUAGGAACAGGAAUAUGCAAACAGUGUGCAACCAGGCACAGAGAGUACUUCAUAGCAAACCCUCUUAAAGUUAGCUCUGAGGCAGAUAUUGAAUUAUUUGAAAGAAUCCUCAACUUCAAUAGUACUGAAGAAGAGCAUAUUCAGCAUACUGCAGAAGAUAAUCAUAUGGAAAUUGAGGAUCUCAACUCUCAGUUUAGUAACUUUACCCAGACAACUAUUGAUCAAAGUUCGCAACAGACUUCAUCUGAUUGGGAAAAAGACAACGAAACUGAUAAAGAUAGGUUUAAUCGUGCAAUGACGAUUCUAGGAAAAGGGAAUUUUGAAAACCUACUCAAAUGUCAGCUGACUUUACCAUGGAAAGAUACGUCUAAAAGUACAAAGUCUUUGUAUCUAAAAGUUGCUUCAGAAGCUGUAAAUUUGGUUCUAAGUCAUAUUGUUCCUGGACAAGUUGAUACUGUUUUCUCUGAAAUUGUGAAAAAACAUGACUCCUACGAUGAAAAUCCCACAUUAGACAAGCAGGACAUAUUAACUAGAGCACUAGUGAAGGCAUACCUAGAUCAGGACAAUAGGCAAACCCAAACCCAAAUACUUUCACUAUUUGCAGAUAAAUUCUCCAAAGAAAAUCUUAUAAAACUUAUACCAGGGGUAACCAUAUCAAAAAUUGAUGCAGCACGGAGGCAUGCUUCUUUGGAAUCACCAGGUCAAAUGAUCUGCAACAAAACAAUAUAUAGAACACGUCUCAGUAGGCCAAAAGUUUUGCACUUUGUAGAAUUUAUUUCAAGUCCGACUUAUCAUCAAGCUGUUGGUUAUGGUUCUAAGAAACUUUUCCUGUCUACAGGUGUGGAAAUAGUGAUUCCAAAGGUGGUGAGAAAUAUUAUUUCUGCAAGACUAAUUAAAACUUAUCUUGCAUUUUGUGAGGAUCAAAAUUUUGAGACAUUCAGUAGAUCAACUUUGUUCAACAUAUUAAAUGUUUGCAUUUCUUCACAAAAGAAAAAUUUACAUGGUCUGGACAACAUUACUGCAGAAGGUAUGAAAGCGGUGGAUGUUUUAACAGGUAUUGUUUCAAAGCUACAAAUGUUUGGAUUACCUGGAGAAAAAGUAGAUCAGUUAAACAAUCUUAUGGCAUCCUUGAAUCAACACCUAAAGUUUGAAAUUAAAGGUCACCUAAAAGUGCAAUCGCCAUGCAUAGAUCACUGCACAGUAUAUAGUUUGAGUGACCCCAAAUCUGUUGUAUUCCAAAAGAAAUGUGACCAUGAACACUGUACAGGUUGUGAAGAAUGUGAAGUAGUGGAAAAAUCACUAAAUGAACUAAGUGAAUCAUACCAGAACUUGCAAUCACAUUCCACUAUUCCACAGGAUGUAUCUGAAGAAAUUGUACAUGAAAUUGAUAGAUCAAGGACCAGUAUACUUGCAUGGAAGGCCCAUUGUGUAAGAACUGUACACCAGGACCAAGCAAAGCAUGAUAUUCUUGAUCAACUGAAGCCCUAUCAAGCAUUAGUCGUCAUGGACUGGGCCAUGAAAUUUUUACCUUUGAAACAUCGUGAAGCUCAAAGUGAUUUCUUCGGGAAAAAAGGAAUCGGUUGGCAUGUAUCAUCUGUCAUUACUUUGGCAAGAAAUACUGAAAAUACUGAGAACAAGUAUGAUGCAAAUACAUAUAUUCACAUCAUGGAACUUGGUACACAGGGAUGGUUUUCAGUAGCCCAUAUUCUUACAGACUUGUUAAAACAAUUGUCUAGUAUUGAUGUCGGUCUCAAACAGGUUUUCCUGAAAAGUGACAAUGCUGGAUGCUACCACUCUACCGGACUUAUUGCAUAUUUAAAACAUUUAAACACCUUGUCACCAAUUACAGUUAUGGAGUACAACUUCAGUGAACCUCAGGCUGGAAAAGAUAUAUGUGAUGCCAAAACAGCUCACUGCAAGAUGCACAUAAUAAGGUAUUCACACGAAGGGCAUGAUGUAGUUACCCCAUAUGAUAUGUUGACUGCCAUUUAUUCAAAUGGAGGAAUAAAAGGAGUGAUAGCAUCAGUUGUAUCUGUGGACAUGAGGGAAGAGGUUAAGAUGAAGACAAAAAUUCCAAAUGUUAGUCAAAUGAACAACAUAACCUUUGAGGCAAAUGGUGUCACCUUUAGAAAGGCUUAUGGUAUUGGCAAAGGUUAUUUUAUGUCCAGUGACCAGUUUAAAGAUCAUGAAUUAUUAAAAGGAUUUGAGGUACAAAAGCCAUUUAUGUUGAAGGAAUCUUUCAUGCCAGGCUCUGUUACAAAUUACAAAUAUAACAUUGAAAACACUGAUGUAACAACAGAAACUGACGAUUUUCCAAUACAUGUACCAAAUGUUAUGGCAGGGAAUUCUGAUAAUUCAGAUAAUGAAGCUUUAUUUGCUUGUCCAGAACAAAAUUGCACAAAGGUUUACACAAAACCUCACUUCUUAGAACAACAUAUAUGCAUAGGCAAGCAUUUAUAUGCAAACAAAGAAAAUAGUUAUGACAAAGUGAAGCUUCUUUGGGGAGAGACAUGUGUAGCUGUGGAUCAUGAGCACAAGGUUUUGCUACAAUCGGUUUUGACAACUAAUUUAGAUAUUGCAGAAGGCUGGGCCCUUAAGAUUUCUAAGCCAUUGAAACGCUUUAGUGCUAAGGUUAAGGAAUUUUUGCAUGAGAUAUAUAUGGAAUGCAGUGCUACAGGAAAAAGACCAAAUUUUGAUCAAAUCUGUAGCAACUUGAAGCUAUUAAGAAACGAUGAUGGAACAAAGAAAUUUAACACUGAUGAGUGGUUAACCACAUCUCAAGUGAGGAGUUUAUUUGCAAACUUUGUAAAACUUGGAUCUUAAGAGCCAACAAAGUCAUCUCUUGUUAAAAUAGAGAAUUUGAAUGAAGUUGAUGAUGAGGAUUUGCAAAACACCUUGGCAGAAAUGGACAGUGCUGAUGUUCAUGCUAUUUCUGAGGACUUAGCAACAGAUAUUAUGGCAGCCAUUUCAACUUAACUUUCAUUCUUGUUGCUUAAACAGUGCAGUGUAGUGUAACUUGUACAUUGUAAAUAUGAA